AUGGCGCUCCUCUUCUGCACAGUUCCCACCCGAGUAUGGGCCGCCCCAGAGGGUCUUUCCACAGUUGUUGCUGCGGCAGCCAUAUCUCAGCAGACUGCCCCGGAACACUUUCCGACCCACAGAUUCGAGCUUGAGCGAGAGCAAGCUGUGCUACAACAGCCUCCGGCUAAUCGCUGCAUCUCACUGCCCACCAGCAUAUCACUUGUACAUGAUGACCACUGCAGCUGGCUGGGUGUAACGGUCUUCGCGCCACAUGCACAGCCCAGGUACUAUGCGAUGCCUUGCGACCCAGGCUCCCGGCUUGACGAUGUAGCCUCGCAGGUGUUACUGAGAGAACAAGCCACUCGGCCCGGAUACCAUUUCCUCUCCCCGGUCGUUCCUCAAAGACAUCCAGGUUUUGCAGCCUUUGUCCUGCAUACUGCAGAGGAUGACCGCCUUCGACAGGUCUCCGUUGUGGUUGAUCUGUCGCACGUGGGGGGGCAUUAUUAUGCUGCCUCUCUGCCAUGUGGUAGUACGGUGGCUGACUUCUUGGCAAGCGUGUACCGACAAACGCAUGUCGAUGACAGGCCACUGCGCUUGUGGCUACCCUUCACAGACACAGCGGCUGCAGACGCAGAUGUGCUAGAGCCGGCCCACGGAGAUGUUCUCACUGUCUUGUGGGAUGGAGUGCAGCCGUUACGGGGUAGGCGAAUACAGGCACUCUUCGAUUCCCCGAGGGCAUGGACCACACCGAGCCACAUGCCCACAAGCUUUUGUACGCCAGGGCAGCUUGUCUUUUGGCAGGAGGAAACAUUUUUCUUUCAUGCCAGGUUUUUUCCAGGCCUAAGCAUGCAACAGGCACUUAGCAAGGUGCUUAAGAUGCCAGAGGCCCGUCUCAGCUUCCAUGUCUCUGAUCAGCUUGUUGGGGUAGCUUUUCAAGGAGAGGCAUGUGAUGCAGUGAUCUUCGUGCAGGAAGCCAUCGAGUUUGAGGCUCCUGCACAGGCUGCUUCCAGAACACCUCGCACCGUUCCGAUUCUUUGCGAUGCCCGGCAGGUCGGCAGAGGUCUUCAGGUCAUUGCACAAUCAAGCCCAUCCAUCACUGGUGUCGAGGUUUUGCUCUCGCUUGGGAUGACUGUCGAUGAGAAAUAUGUCGUCCAGGUCUGCACUUCCGACCAGCAUCCCUCCAACAAGGAGCAAAUGCGCGUGGUUAGUGUUUGGGAGCCACACACGCGGCUUUUCAGACCGGCUUCUGCUCCCAAUCUCCUGCAGAGAUUGUACCAUGAUGCAGCUGACCUGCAUGACUUGGAGGCUGACCCUCCCACGGAUUCAGAAGGUGAUCAUGGUGACCCACCCUCAGGAUCGGAGGCCCAGGCAGAUUUUUCUGACUCAGACAGCUCCGAGCAGCCUGACGGCGCACAUACUGUUGAGGCCACUUUCAUGGUGUUUCGCAUGGAAUACCAGCCGAUUGAGCUUCAGGUCACACUUGCAAUGCCCUCCACUCUUCAGGCGUGCAUCGAUGCAGUGGACGGUGAACUUGACGAUUACGUAACAAGUCCUGUGCUGCUUCCCGCGCGCCCACAACUCUCGCAAGAGUGGGGCGCCUUCGUUGCCGUGCCCCGUUGGGCUGCUGAUGAGCCUCAUGCUGUGAUGGACCUUAGACAGUAUGACGGGCGUCUUUUUGUCGCACCUCUGCCAAGAGUUGCGACUCCAGCACACAUCCUGCGCUCAGCCGGUGCGCCUGAUGAUGGCACCUUGUCUGUGUUUCCUCAUGGUGCCGACCGGCCAUUGCUCCCAGAUGAGGAAGUUGAGUGUACGCCGGGAGGGACUAUUGCAAUAGUCCCGACCAGACAGCGCCCCUCGGCUCGUAGCCAAUUGACUCAUAUGCUGCUUGAUCCUGGGGCAUGGGCGUUCCCUGCCUUCCUCCCAGGCGGUUUGGGCGGUUUGCGUAGCCCCUACCUGUGUCUGGUCUUGGAGCAAGGCCAUCGCUUGCAUGUUCUCGACAAUCCGCCCGGGGAGCACCUUGAGCGCUUGGCUGCCAGAUAUGGUUUCCCCAGCCACAUGACCCGUGCACAGGUCACCAGGCCGCGGAUCACCGACAUGAACAUCAACGGUUAUCAUUGCAAGGGUGUGGCUGCAGUGUCGGGUGACAUGCCGAAUGUCCUUAUUCCACCCGGCCGGCUCCGUCCCGGGCACAUGCUUGCCGUCGUCGAUUGCCGUCCAAUCCUGCAGGGGUGGCAACUUCUUGCCACUACGGAUGGCACCAGUGACUUCCAGGAGCUUGUAGAUCUCCUCACGGUUUUUAUGCCAGAGGGACACAGACUGCACCUUGACAACAUUGAUUUGAGAGGGCCGUUGUUGCACCUCCAGCCAGGAGCGGUGUACGUCGCCUCCUAUGUUCCAGACAGACCUGCGACCGAGGAGGAAGACAGUGAUCUCCUGGAUGAUGCGCCCAGGGGCACGCCGCCCCAUGAUUUGACUCCUGAGGAACACGGUGAGAGCGAGGCCCCCGAGCAAGCACAGGCUGUCACGGUGUCCAUGUUGCAGACAGAGGGAAAUGCUUCGCUGUUGGUCUCACUGGUAAGUGACCCGGGUCCCCGUGCCAGUGCAUUCGCCUCUUUAGCGGCGCAGCCGCCAACAAGGGGUAUAGACGAACAGCCAGAAGGACCGGGCAGCCCUGUUCCAGUUUUCACAGUGCCACGCCCUGAGCUCGACCUGGUACAGGAACCUGCUGCCGCGCCUUUUGACGCCAGUUUUUGCAUUUUGACGCAGGAUUACUGGCCGGAACUCAUUACAGUCACACUUGGCGCCGAUCCCUCGGUCUCGGCUGCUCUAGCCACAGUCACGGAGGCGCGCGCGCCGGCAAAAAGACAGGCCUUCCCUAUCCUGAUCCCGGUUCGACCUCAGGCCUCACCAGGUUUCGCGACCCUCUUGUCCGUCCCAGCGUGGCAGCUGCCCGGCGUUCCAGUGCUAUUUGACUGCAGCCGCAUAGAUGGCCGCAUCUUCACAGCUCUUGUUGCAGACAGCAUGGACCUUCGCUCUCUGCUCAGUGUAGCUGAGGUUGUUGCCGCUGCAGGGACACUCGUUUACGUUGCGGACUCCCCAUGGCCUUUGGAACCAGGUCAGGUGCAGCCGCUCCAGCAAGGGGAUUUGAUCAUGAUUCUGCCGGUCGAGCAUGACUACCUCAUUCUAAGCAGUCUUGAAGAUAUGCUGCUUGACCCACACUGCUGGGCGAGGGAUCCUGCCUUGCCUGUUUCUGCCGUUCGCCAUUUCUGGAUACUCACGGAUGUCGAGUCGUUUCGAUAUCCUGUGACAGCUCAGAGACGACAUUUUCGUCGAGACGUGGCCGAGGACCUAGGCUGUCCGCCGGAUAGACAUGACAUCUGCGUGUACAGGGAUAGGGUCCUGCUUGACCCACAUGCUCACAUCGUGGGACUCCGAGACGGGGAGGUGAUUGUCGUCAUGUUCCAGCCCUGGCCGGAAGCAGAGACAGACAACGAGGACAUGCCCUCGGAGGAUAGCGACCCUGGUGAUGGCCGUGCGACCUCGACCGAGGCUGAGUCGGUGUACCCGGCCAGUGACAUUUCCUUCACGUUUAAGUUUGCCAUUUCCUUCACGUUUAAGUUUGCCACUUAUAACGUGCUCACCCUCUUUGAUCCAGCAGCUACCAAAGGACGGAAAGUCCGGGCGGGAGCUUACGGGAUGAUGAUCUCCGGCAAACGCGACCUGCUGAAGGCACAGAUGCAGGCGCAGGGGCUCUGGGCUCUUGGUCUUCAGGAAACAAGGCUUCCCGAAGAUGCGCAGCUUCCCGACAGUGACCCGGUGAUGCUCUGUUCAGGCGCUACCGCGAAUGGGUCCUACGGCUGCGCACUGUGGCUGGAUCUCAGAGUGGCCAUUGCUUGGCAGCAGGGGCGUCCCUGCUAUGUCACCAAGGAUCAACUCUUGGUUACCAGCUACUCUCCCCGCCAUCUUCAGGUACAGGUCGUGACCCCAUGGAUUAGCCUGACCAUCCUAGUGGCACACGGACCGUCGGUGGAUGGAGCUGACGUCUGCAGUGCUAGGGAUUUUUGGAGUUGCCGUGCCCAUGACCUGCACAAGCGUCCAGACAAUUCUCAAAUAGUUCUGCUUCUCGAUGCCAAUAGCCGACUGGGAUCCGUAUGCACGGCUGCGGUGGGAGGGCAUGAUGCCGAAACGGAGUGUGCGGUGGGCACGAUCUUCCAUGAGUUCCUUCACUCGGUGCAGUGCUUCGUCCCAUCCACCUUCUCACAACACCAUACUGGACAGUCAUGGACGUGGGUGUCCCCUAGUAUCCCUCCGGUGUAUCGGCGGCUCGAUUACAUAGGGGUACCUUCAGGAUGGGAUGGCUGUGAUAUCAAGACCUCCGUCUGGACGAGCAUUGAAGCCCUGCAACCCAGGCAGGACCACUUUCCUGUUAUCCUCUGUGCCAAAUUCGGCAAAGCCGCACCGCUUGCAGCCACUUCUCGAGCAGGCCGCUCGCCUUGUAGGCCACCGUUGGAUAUGAGCCCUUCGGAUCGAGCCCUAUACAUGGAGCAUUUGGCGACCUCUCCGAACCCAGCAUGGCAAGCCUCUGUUGACCACCAUUUCUCCUGUGUUGUCUCGGAUUAUCGCUCAGCAGCCAGGUUGGUCCAGCUACAGGCCCCUCCCAAGCCCAGGCAGUGCUACCUCACCCCAGAAACCUUGGAGCUCGUGCAGCACCGUGCCGCCCUGCGGGCCUACAUUAAGCAGGAACAGCAGGAAUCCAGUCGGAGGCUUGUGUUGAUCGCCUUCGCUGCUCUUGUCAGCCAUACGCAGCGUGUUCGCCUGACCCCCGGUGCUGCCACUCGAGCGGCACGAUGGUUAGCGGAAAUCGAUGUCAGCAUUGCACGUGCAGUUAUAGAACUGCGGCGCAGCACGCAAGCAAUCCGUGUUGCUGUCAAAGUCGACCGUACUGCAUAUCUCCAGGGCUUGGCGGCCCAGGUGUCCUUGUGCGACCUGAGAGAACCUCGGAAACUCUUCGCCGCAGUUCGCCGAGCCUUUCCCGCUGCCAAGACCUCCAAGAGGUCCAGCUUUGUUCCCCUUCCGGCCAUCCGCUUAGAGAAUGGUGAGAUGGCUGCCACCCCGGAACAGCGCAACCAGCGCUGGAGGGAAUACUUUGGUUCCCAGGAGGCUGGACAGGCGGUCACGGAUGAGCAAUAUGUCUCCCUUUUCCAGCAACCGGACAUACCAGUCCUUCCUGAAGGGCCCAGUUUCUGUGUACGGGAUUUGCCCACUCUCCUCGAUUUGGAGGAACACCUUCUUUCUGCCAAGAAGGGGAAAGCUGUCGGUCCAGACGGCCUGGCAGUCGAGGCGUACCAAGUUUGCCCAGGCAUGUCCGCCCUUAAGUUGUAUCCCCUUUUCCUGAAAUCCUUUCUUGGCAAAAUCUACCACAAAAUCCUGCGGGGAAAGCUGGCCUCACACUUGGAAGCGUUCAAGAAUGGGCAACAGGCCGGCACUUCGAGGGGUGUGGGCGUGGACACCAUCUCCCUGAUGGUUCGUUCGUUCCAGGGCUGCAUGAUGCGCCGCUCACAUUCCACGGCAAUCACAUUCUACGACCUGAAGGCGGCCUACUAUCGGGUGCUCCGACAAGUGUUGCUCAAGUCGCCCGAUGAGGACGCCGCCCUCUUGCGACUCUUGCAUCAGGCGGGCGUUCCCCUCCAGGCCGUUGGUGAGCUCUGUCAGCAUCUUCAGUCGCUGGCCACGCUGGCUGAAGCCGAGGUGUCAGGCCAUCUCCAGUCGGUGGUUGCUGACUUGUUCAGAGGUUCGUGGUUUAGGCUCGAACCAGAAUCCCUGCUCACAGCCACACAUCGGGGUAGCCGCCCUGGCGACCCCUUGGCAGACUUAUUGUUCGGGUUUUGCUUUGCCAGCUAUCUUCAGUCAGUCGAACUCACCCUCGCCCAGCGCGGACUCUCGACGGCUGUGCCCAUCGAGGAACAUGCAGCGCCUUGGCACUCUUGGGAGGUACCUUCCUCCAUUCAACACGCCUCCUGGGCGGAUGAUUAUGCCCACCUACAGCAAGCUCCAGAGGCCCCUGAUCUCGAGCUUGUUGUUGUUCAGGCGGUUCAGGUCCACCUGGAACGGGCAUCGUCGGUUGGCAUGGCCUUGACUUUUGCAGCUGAUAAGACGGCCACGCUGCUCCCACUGACCUGCACUCGGGCUCCGCUACCAGUCACGCCGCAAAACCCUAAGGGACUCCCUGGCCUCUUCGUGCAGGAUGACAUCACUGGCUUGAGCCAUUUCUUGCCAAUUGUGGAUUCCUACCGCCACCUAGGGGGCGUGGUCACGGCCAACUGCACGCCCUCCGUUGACAUUGCGUAUCGGUUUUCCAUGGCAUCUGCGGUUCUACGCCCCCUUCGGAGGCGGUUGUUUGCUACCCAGAGUGUGCCAUUGACCACCCGCAUUGUUCUUCUUCGGAGUUUGGUGAUCUCGCGGUUUGUCUUUGCUUGCGCGGUGGUUGAUCUCAACUCAGCCAUUCACCGUCGAACAUGGUGCAGGCACUAUGUCGAACUAUGGGGAGCAUUGCAGAAGACCUGCAGGCCGCAGGAUCGCCCACAUUCCUUUCGCCUCUUGCUACAGGCUGAUGCACCGUCACCGUUACUGGCGCUGGCUUUGUCGCGGGCGGUCUUCUUGAAGCGGCUUCUGACUUACGGCCCUGCUGCAGUGUUGCAUCUUCUCCACAUACACUGGCGUACUCGGCCAAUGUCGUCAUGGCUGACGCAGUUGUGUAAGGAUAUGCAGGCCGUGGCGGUCUAUGUGCCAGCUGUGACCUUGCUCCUCAACAAUGGGUGCCCGGUCACGGCACUUGUGGAAGCAGUCCAGGACAACCCGAAUUGGUGGCCGAGCCAGAUCAAGCUCGCCAUCAAAGCGUAUAAGCAGGACUUGCGAGCAUGGGCUCAGAAGGCUGAAAGCGCCCAGGACGCCCCUGCUCCUGUGCAGGUGGGCUCUCUCCCUUUUAAGUGUCGAUGGUGCUCCGCCACCUUCGCACUGCAUAAGGCCGUAGCCCUCCAUGAGUCCCGCAAGCACGGGUCGCUGUGUCCUGCAAGGCACUAUUCCCAGGUUCCGUGGUGCAUCGCCUGUCUGAAGUACUGCCACACACUCGAGCGGGUGCAGUAUCAUCUCCGCCGAAGCCGUGAGUGCCUGCUGCGCAGCGCACACCUCGUGCCGCCCCUCUCGAUAGUACAGAUUCGGGAGGGCGAGAGCGACGAAGCGCUUCGUCGCAAGAAGAUUAAGCACGGGGGAUGGCAGUGUUACUCUGCGGCCACGCCUGUCUUGCAGUGUCAGGGGCCGCUUGCCCCUACGUACCACGAGGCCAUCGAAGGCCUCGAUGAGGACGAGCUCACUCUCGAGCGCCUGAAGACCCUGUUUCGUCCACUGCCCGAGACUGUUGCCUGGGUCGAGGAGUCCGUUAACAGAGAGUCUAAGGAAGGGGCCAGAUCUGGCACGGCGGAUUUCUGGCUACAAAG